AUGGCCUUCGCACCUAUGGGGCCCGAGGCCUCGUUUUUCGAGGUUUUGGACCGGCACAGGGCUUCCCUGCUGGCCGACCUGAGGAGUGCUGGUGGGGAACCCCCCGGCGGGACCCGCCUGGCGUCUAGUUCUGAGGUUCUUGCGUCUAUAGAAAAUAUUAUCCAAGACAUAAUCACAAGCUUGGCAAGAAAUGAAGCCCCUGCAUUCACGAUAGACAACAGAUCAAGCUGGGAAAACAUAAAGUUUGACGAUUCUGUGGGACUUCAGAUGAUACCUCAUUGUAUCACAAGAAAAGUCAAAAGUGAUUCACCAAAAUCAAUUCAAAAGUUUGCUCUAAUUCUUAAAAUAUUGUCCAUGAUUUAUAAAUUAGUACAGAGCAACACUUAUGCAACUAAGAGAGACAUAUAUUACACUGACAGCCAACUGUUUGGUAACCAGACUAUUGUGGACAAUAUUAUCAGUGACAUUUCUUGUAUGUUAAAAGUGCCAAGGAGAAGUCUGCAUAUAAUAUCCACAUCAAAAGGUUUAAUUGCUGGCAAUUUAAGAUAUAUUGAGGAAGACGGCACCAAAGUGAAUUGUACUGGUGGUGCAACAGCUGUUGCUGUGCCAUCUAAUAUUCAAGGAAUUCGGAAUUUAAUUACAGAUGCAAAAUUUCUAUUAAUUGUAGAAAAAGAUGCAACAUUUCAGCGGCUCCUAGAUGACAACUUUUGCAAAAAAAUGUCUCCAUGCAUCAUGGUUACGGGAAAGGGAGUUCCUGAUCUGAACACGAGACUUCUGAUCAAGAAGCUGUGGGAUACGUUCCGCACUCCAGUGUUCACCCUUGUAGAUGCCGACCCAUACGGCAUAGAAAUAAUGUGCAUCUAUAAGUAUGGAUCUAUGUCUAUGUCUUUUGAAGCUCAUAAUCUCACAGUUCCAGCUAUUAGAUGGCUUGGUCUCCUUCCUUCUGAUCUGAAAAGGUUAAAUAUACCUAAAGAUAGUUUGAUCCCACUGACAAAAAGGGACCAAAUGAAACUUGACAGUAUCCUAAAGAGACCUUAUGUUACCUGCCAACCGUUUUGGAGAAAAGAAAUGGAAAUAAUGGCAGAUUCUAAAAUGAAGGCAGAAAUUCAAGCUUUGACCUUCCUAUCAUCAGAUUACCUUUCCAGAGUAUACUUACCUAACAAAUUAAGAUUUGGAGGAUGGAUAUAAAAAUGUUAUAAAUCAGAUUGUGAUUGCUGGAGGCUUUUCAUUUGUUUUGUUUUAAUUGGUAAAUACUGUUGUGGAAAGAAUAUAUAUUCUGAACUCUGUAAAGGUAAAAUAAAAUAAUUUUCCAUUAAUUAGAUUUGUUGGAAACAAAUACUAUACACCAAUUUUAUUUAUAAAACUGUAUUUUAUUCUCUGUAGAGAAUGAUUUCUAACCUAUGUCCUAGAGUAAAUUGUAAAAGGAUAUGUAUUAUUUUGACUUUUAUGUUUUAUUUGAAAAUUUUUAUACAUGUCAUCAAAGUCUACAAAAACAUUUUACUUAUCUUCUACAAUAUAAUUAAUGUUAAAGCAUGAAGUAUCUUAUUAGUAACAAUAAUCAUCUAAAUUUGAGGUGUUGCUAAUGAAUUAAGUGUCCAGUAUUUCCAUAUUACAUUUCCUUUGCCUUCAUGGUGUAGAGGUCUUAGUACAGGGAAUUAACUCCAUUAAUUCAUUUGUUAAAUUAGUAAAAUGUAUUAUGAAUAAAUAUUUGGGUUGAUGUA